AUGUUUAACAUGCUGUAUGACUGGUUCUGGUGGGACAGACUCUGGCUGCCUGUGAACCUGACAUGGACUGACCUGGAGGACAGAGAAGGCUGGGUCUAUGCCAAAGCCUCACAUCUUUAUGUCACUGUCCCCUAUGCCUUCACCUUCUUACUCAUCAGAUACCUCUUUGAAAGGUGGAUAGCAACACCACUUGCAGUUUCUGUUGGGAUCAGACAGAUAGUCCAUCUGAAAGCAGAAGACAACCCCAUCCUGGAACUCUACUACACUACUCAGUGUAGAAAUCCUACUCAGGUAGACAUUGAUGGGCUGUCUAAGAAAAGCAGUUUGUCAGUGAGGCAAACUGAGCGCUGGUUCAGAAGACGACGUAAUCAGGAUCGCCCUGGAGUCUUGAAGAAGUUCAAAGAGGCCAGUUGGAGGUUUGCCUUUUACCUGUCAGCAUCUAUUGGAGGAAUAAUAGCACUGUACGAUAAACAGUGGUUCUAUGACACUCGAGAAGUAUGGACAGAUUUUCCAAAGCAGUCUAUGCUGGAGUCUCAGUACUGGUAUUAUAUCUUGGAGAUGAGCUUCUAUGGUUCACUUCUCUUCAGUAUUACCUUUGAUGUUAGGAGAAUGGACUUUAAGGAACAAAUUAUACACCAUUUGGCCACAAUGGUCCUCUUAUCAUUCUCCUGGUGUGUCAACUACAUUCGUAUAGGAACUCUGGUCAUGCUUGUCCAUGAUGCCUCUGAUGUUUUCCUGGAGUCUGCCAAAUUAUUCAACUAUGCCAAAUGGGACAAAACCUGCAAAGCUCUAUUUGUUCUGUUUGCCAUCGUUUUUAUGGUAACACGACUGAUCAUCUUUCCAUUUUGGCUGAUCCACUGUACCUGGGUUUACCCUGUUCAACACUACCCUGCCUUCUUUGGCUACUACUUCUUCAAUGUAAUGCUGGUUGUCCUCCUCUGUCUGCACCUCUUCUGGGCUUACCUCAUUCUAUGCAUGAUCAAGAAAUUCAUGUUUGGCACACUAACCAAGGAUGAGAGAAGUGACAAUGAAGAGGAACGGGAGGAAGAGAGCAGCCUGCCAGAAGAUGAAGGAGCAGAACAGCACAAGCAUGGCAGUGAAUUGGCAGCUAAAGAGAGAGAGAGGACAAGAACAGCUGUUUUGGAUGCUUGUCUCCACCAGAGAGCAACCACCAGUCACAGACUCUGCACCGACUCAAGUUCAGCAUGACCAGGAGAGCAGAAAAUGGGGGAAAUAGAACAAUGCUAAGUAUGUUUAAUGCCGUAUGGACUGAAAAAUAAGCAAAACGUAAAUUCCUUCAAAUGCUAACCCAUAGGUGUCAAUGUGCAUACCAAAUAUCUAUUUUUACACCCUCUCCAGCACCACCUCCAGGGAACAGGUGUUUGUUGUACCUUCCAUGGUGUCCACAAGACAUCAUUUCAGCUAUUGUACAUUAUUUAGCUGCCAGUUCAGUUAAGAAAUGGAAAUUAAUGCUAUAGGUUUU